AUGAAAGAAUCAGAAGAGGUGCAAUUACAACAAAGAUCAAUUGAAGAAGAAUCUCAUCCAAGAAUUGUCAAAGCUCCAGUAUUUUUGAAGUCAUGCUCAAAGACUAUUGUCCUUGUGGCCAGUGCAGGAUAUGGCUUGAACCACACUGUUGCAGCUGAUAUUUUUGAAACUGUAAGGUCCAGGAAUGGAUUAACAGUUGCGAUAGUUAUAAAGCCAUUUAGAUUUGAAGGGUUUAGACGACAAAAUGAGGUGAAAGCCUUGACGCAGAGACUUAAGGACCACACAAAUUUACUUAUUGAAAUUGAUAUUGAUUCACUGCUUGAGAAAGACUUGUUGACUCUAGAUGAGGCCAUGAAGACUACUAAUGAUGCAGUUUUGCUAGCUAUUAAGGCUGUCUCUGUUCUAAAAUCUAUAUUGGAAUCCUAUAGAGAAGCAGGGAUUGGAUUUGGAGCUGCUGAUAACAUCAAAGCUUCAAUUUUGCAGCCUAUAUUUGAGAGUCCUUUCCUGGGUGUUCGUUUGAAGGAUCCAAAUAGCAUAGUUAUAUGCACUAUUGCAUGUUCUGGACCCGUCGAUGAUAGAGAUAUAGCAAUCUUUAUUCGUACUUUUCGUCAAACAACAGAUUACACAAAGGAUAUUAUAGUAUCAACAAUACAUGACCCUACUGUCGAGCCGAACCUACUCAUAACAACAGUGCUUACACUUGGAUGUUUAAAUGUGCAACGAUCUUCUCAGAAUGGUGGGAUACUAUCCAGACUUGUACAGCAUUUUCCUCUUAUAUUUAGCUUUUGGGGAAGACAUAAUCAGCAACAAGUUGGCCCUGCAAAGCAGACUGAAGUAUUUCUUCCAGAAAUGUUGAUUUCUGUUGAUGUUGAUGAGAGGACAAAUCGGAUUGCUUCAGGUAACAUAAAUAGCAAUUUUGACAAAUACUGUGAGGAGUUGGAGCCAGCAAUGAACAACAUUAGCUCUGAAUUGCCUGCUUCGAGGGGUUCUGGGAAAAGUGAAGAUUUACUUGACACCACUUCCCACUAUAACAUCCUCUAUGACUCUAUUUCUGAAAGAGGGGACUCUGCUUUUCAAAGGGAGCAACUUGAGAACUGGAAUCUGGGUCCUGGAUUCGAGGUGGCAAAGAAAUGGGCCCAAGAAAAAGCAGCUGAUGCUACACCAAUUGUUGAUAACCUAAGCAUCUUUCUCCUUCCUGUUGGUGUGAGGCCUUCAGAAGAGUUGAAAGAAAGACUGGAACUCUCAUUUAUGACAAAACAGCAUGACCCAGAUAAUGAUGAUAAUGAUGUGAGAACACAAACAUUAAAUGGAGGUACGUCUCCUUGGAGUGUGGCAACUGAUGCUAGUUUGGAAGCAGUUAUGGAAUUUGCAUCUUCACUUCUGAAAGGCAAGAAUGCUAAUAAAUCAAAGAAAAAUGGAGUACUGUCUGUUCGUGCUGCGUCUAUGUUGCGCAAGGCACAACCGUUUUAUGAGGAGGCAGAACGUGAUUUGUCAAAAAAGUGGAGUCCUGUGGUGGAAAUGCAAUACAGGGGAGGAAGAUACAAGGGACGAUGCCAGGGAGGUCUGCCCGAAGGGAAGGGGCGUCUUGUUCUCGGAGAUGGGAGCAUAUAUGAUGGCCUAUGGCGGUAUGGUAAGAGAUCUGGUCCAGGUACAUUCUAUUUCAAAAACGGAGAUAUGUUUCAAGGAUCGUGGAGGGAUGAUGUCAUACAUGGCAAGGGUUGGUUUUAUUUUCACACUGGUGAUCGGUGGUUUGCAAGCUUUUGGAAGGGAAAGGCUAAUGGCGAGGGGCGAUUCUACACAAAGUCCGGUGAUGCCUUCUUUGGCAAUUUCAAAGAUGGAUGGCGACAUGGCCAGUUUCUCUGUAUUAAAUCGAACGGGACAAGGUACACUGAAAUUUGGGAUCAUGGUGUUCGUGUAGAUAGCAAGCAUUUAGACAGAUAA